AUGUCUACGAACUGCAGGCGGCGUCUUAUUCGCGACUUUAAGCGGUUGGCCAGCGACCCUCCCGGCGGCAUCUCCGGCAGCCCAUGCCCGGACAACAUCAUGCUCUGGAACGCUGUCAUCUUUGGGCCAGCAGAGACACCGUUCGAAGACGGCACCUUCAAGCUCGUCCUCACAUUCGACGAAUCAUACCCCAACAAACCUCCCACCGUCAAAUUCCUCUCUCGAAUGUUCCAUCCAAAUGUGUAUGCCAAUGGCGAGCUCUGUCUCGAUAUUCUCCAGAACCGAUGGUCGCCCACCUACGACGUUGCCGCCAUCCUCACCUCCAUCCAGAGUCUGCUGCACGACCCGAACCCGAACAGUCCAGCUAACGCGGAGGCGGCGCAGUUAUAUCGUGAGAACAUGAAGGAAUACGUCCGGAGGGUUAGGGCCACGGUUGAGGAUAGCUGGCUAGAGGAGGACGAAAAGGCGGCAGAUCUGGCGGCGAGCGAUUAUCAUUGGUCGUAUCCCGCCGGUAUCCCCUUCUAG